UAAUGUUGAUUGUCAAACACGAAAUGGCGAGCAUGCUAAGGGGCCCGUUAACGUUAUGUGCAGCACUUAGGUGCCCUCCUAUGUUUACUUUUAACACGGUGAAUAACAUCAAUGAUUGCAUAGACAUAUUUGACGCCGGAAAGAAUCAGGUGGAUCAUGGCGGCUGAAGUAAUAGGAGGCAGUGAGUUCCCUGCUCAUUACAAAGUCAUGAUGGACAAACUCAACGAACAGCGGCAGUUGGACCAGUUCACAGACAUUACUUUGAUUGUAGAUGGCCACCAGUUCAGAGCACAUAAAGCAGUGUUGGCAGCAUGCAGCCAGUUCUUCCACAAAUUCUUCCAGGAUUUUACCCAGGAGCCUUUGGUGGAGAUUGAAGGGGUGAGCAACAUGGCCUUUCGACAACUGAUGGAGUUCACGUACACCGCCACGUUAGUCGUGGCGGGAAAAGAAGAAGCCUACGAUGUGUGGAAAGCUGCCGAAUACCUCCAGAUGCAGGAAGCCAUCAAGGCCCUCAGCAACAAGAUCAGUGAGACUUCUGUAACGGAAAAGAGCAACAGUAGAAAAAGAAAGAUUACUGAGACAUCUUAUGUCAUCACAGAAACCCUGCCCAAAGCUGAAGGGGAACAGGUGGAGAUAGAAAUGAUUGGGGAAGGUGCCGUUGAGGUGGAGGACUCGGGACUGGAGGAGGUGGUCGAUGUGGCAAAGAGCGCUCAGUCAAACGACUCUGCCCUGGCGCUGCUUGCGGACAUAACCAGCAAGUACCAGCAGGGGCAGCCUUCACUGCAAGUAAUCAAGAAGGGAGACAUUGAAGAGGAAGUCCUCUAUCAGGAAGAAACAGUGACAGCUUCUAAAGUGAUUGAAAAUGUAGAGGUGGUGGAGGUCCAGAUUUCCCAAGUGGACAACACGUUCCGCUGUAGCAAGUGUGACCGCAGCUUCAAGCUGUACUACCAUCUCAAGCAGCACCUGAAAACGCACCUGGGCAUGCUGAAAAAGCAGCACGUGUGCAGCCACUGCGGCAAAGGCUACACGCGGGAGGGCGCUCUGAAUCAGCACUUGAGCUCGUUCCAUUUUGACGCAGAGGAGCUGGCCCAGCACCAGAAAUCCCAAAAGAGAGUGCAUGUUUGUGAGUACUGCAAGAAGCACUUCGACCACUUUGGACAUUUUAAGGAGCAUCUGCGAAAGCAUACUGGUGAAAAGCCAUACGAGUGUCCAGACUGCCAUGAAAGAUUUGCAAGGAACAGCACACUGAAGUGCCAUAUGGCGGCCUGUCAGAACGGGGCUGGGGCCAAGAAAGGACGCAAGAAACUCUAUGAAUGCCAGGUGUGCAGCAGCGUAUUCAACAGCUGGGACCAAUUCAAAGACCAUCUAGUGAGCCACACUGGAGAUAAGCCCAAUCAUUGCACAAUGUGCGACGUGUGGUUCACUGACUCUAAAGAGCUGAAGGCCCACCUCAAGGACAUUCACUCCAUCGAGGACAACAAGUCGCCCCAAGAGCUGGUGGUCGCCGACACCACAGGGCUGACCAUCGCCACGCAGAACAUUGAGGCGACUGAAACAGUGCUGCUGGACGACGGCAUCCAGGUGGAACAUGUCACAGUGGACCCCAUAGAAGUGAUGGAGAUGGAAGAGGCCACCACGGUUGUGGUGGAGGAUGGGGGCGUGGCCGAGAUGUGCGAGGAGGACAUGGAGAGACUGAAGCAGGCCGGCGUGCAGAUCCAGGUGGUGCGCCUAUCCUCCAGCGACGUACAACCGCAGAUCAUCCCUCAGGUGGAAGUAGAGGUGGAGGGCGACGUGAUGAACGUGGAGGAAACAAUACAUGCGGUGGUUGUAUGAACCAAG